AUGCAGGGAAGAAAUGGGAUACUUCAACUGGUCCUCCUGCUGGGGCUGGAGCUUGGACUGGAGGGGGCCUUGCCCCCACCCUGUGACAGUCAGAUUUACUGCACAGGGGAGCUCCUCCGGCGGGUUCAGAUGGCCAAGCUGUACCAGGAUGACAAGCACUUUGUUGAUAUGCCUCUGAGCAUGAGUCCAGACCAGGUUCUAAAGGACUUUAAUGAGCUGCUCAGCUCCAACGAAGGCUACGUCUCCCGGGAGCAGCUGAAAAGCUUCGUUACGGAACACUUCAAGGACCCGGGGCAGGAAAUGGACACUUGGAUUCCUCAGGACUGGAGAGACAGCCCCAAAUUCUUACAGAACAUUGUGGACCCCAAACUCCGAGCAUGGGCAGAGGAUCUGCAUAAACUGUGGAAGAAGCUGGGAAGGAAGAUGAAAGCCGAGGUGGGGAGUCAGCCUGACCGGUACUCUCUGAUCUAUGCAGCUCAGCCCUUCAUUGUGCCUGGUGGACGCUUUAUUGAGUUCUACUAUUGGGACUCCUUUUGGGUAAUAGAAGGGCUGCUCCUGUCAGAGAUGCCUCAAACAGUCAAGGGCAUGUUGCAGAACUUCCUAGAUAUUGUGGACCGCUACGGACACAUUCCCAACGGGGGCCGGGUGUACUACCUCCAGCGGAGCCAGCCCCCACUCUUGACGCUCAUGAUGGGCCGAUACUUGGAGCGCACCAACGACAUAGACUUCGUCAGGGACAACAUUGGCACCCUGCACCAGGAGCUGGAGUUCUGGAGACAUAACAGAAGUGUCAACAUCAGCCACAAGGGGGCAAACUACACCCUGAAUCGCUACCAUGUACCCUAUGGGGGGCCCAGGCCGGAAUCCUACAGCAAGGAUGAAGAAUUGGCAGCACUUCUACCAGAAGAAGAUGCCCGGGAGUCCCUGUGGGCAGAACUGAAGGCUGGAGCUGAAUCAGGCUGGGAUUUCUCCUCCCGAUGGUUUAUUGGCAGCAACUAUCUGCUUGACAUCAAAACAAGUCAGGUCAUACCUGUGGAUCUAAAUGCCUUCCUGUGCCAGGCGGAGGGGUUACUGGCUAGCUUCUAUUCCAUACUAGGGAAUAUGCCAAUGGCCAAGAUCUAUCAAGAUGCCCAGGCUCAACGCAAGGUGGCCAUGCAGGCUCUUCUGUGGAAUGAGACCUUGGGCAGCUGGUUUGACUUUAACUUAGAGAGCAGCCAACAAAACCAUGGAUUCUACCCUACCAACCUCAGCCCACUCUGGGCAGGUUGCUUCUCUGAUCCUGCCAUAGCCAUAAAGAAUAUAAAGUACCUAGAGGACAACAAGAUAUUGACCUAUAAACAUGGCAUUCCAACAUCCCUCCAGAUAAGCGGCCAACAGUGGGACUUUCCCAAUGCUUGGGCCCCUCUUCAAGAUCUGGUUGUCCAAGGCUUGGCAGAAUCCAACUCAACCCGGGCUCAGGACAUGGCCUUUCAGCUGGCCCAGAACUGGAUCUGGACCAAUUUUGCUGUCUAUCAGAAAAACAAAGCCAUGUAUGAGAAGUAUGACAUCAACAUUGACUCUGGGGAGCCUGGUGGUGGAGGAGAGUAUGAAGUGCAGGAGGGCUUUGGCUGGACCAAUGGGGUUGCCCUGAAAUUCCUGAAUCGAUAUGGUGACCGGCUGACUUCUGGGUCAGGAUCCAUGAUGUUCAGUACCAGCUGCCUGCUCUUGGCCCUUUUGCUCCUGGGUUUGCUCUGCUGACGUGGACGGGCUAAGCCUGGGACUGUCUGACACCAGGGGGACGUAUUCCUUGGGGGAAUGCACGUGAUUCUUCCAGUAGAUUACAAGUCCUUCACAGGCAGAGACUUUCA